GUCCGUCAUAAAGCGGGAUCAGCUGAUGGGAAUUGACUCACCACUUCUUCCCGGACAAACAUGUAAAAAUACCGAGAGGAGAAGGACAGGGAACCAGACCGGGUUUAUUCUCGGUUUGAUACGGACUUUAACGGACACUGUUCUGUGGGAGAAGAUCCGGAUUCAGGUACGAUCCAGAACCGAGACCGAGAGAAAAACCAGAGAGAAAAAAACGGAGAGAAAGUGAAGAUCAAAGUUUCCAUGUGAGGAAGUCACAUGCUUGUCCUCUCUGCUCUACAGGCGGAUGGAUUUACAGUUUCUCUCUUACAGAUCGAUUAUUAGUUUGGAUCGAUUCUUGGUUUUUAGAGGAGAGCAGUGACUCUCAUGUUCACCUGUUAUUGAAUAGAGUUUUUAAUUUAGUCUCGGUGUUCAUGUUUUGUCUGAAAGCAGAUAUACAUUUACAUACAUACAAUGUCGUUCAUUCUGUUUUUAUUUUCCAUUUUUGUUCCUUAUAAUUCCCCUGAAAGAAUUUUUUGAACUCUUGUUGUAUUAAUGUUUUAACAUGUUUUGUGUAACUUUAGGGCUGAAGACUGUUCAUAAUAACACAUUUAUACCUGGCAUAUUUCUCUAGUAUAGAUUUCAUUCUCUGCUAUAUAUUUCAGAUGUAGGGGAGACUGGGGAUGGUUGUAACAUUUUUGACAUUUCUGUCUGUAACUAAGAGCUCUUUUAAGUAGGACUGGGCGAUUAUAUGAUCGUGAUCGAUGAUCGUGAUAAAUGUCAGUUCGAUCACGGUGAUCAGCUGUGAGCAUAUUUACUUUAUCAAACAUAGCGGAAGUGUGCGUCACAACAGCCAAUCAGAGUGGAGCUUUUCCUGCUCACUUCUGUAAGUUACCGGUAGGCCUGUCACGAUAACAAAUUUUGCUGGACGAUAAUUGUGCUACAAAUUAUUGCCGAUAAACGAUGUCAUUGACACCGUUUUUUAAAUUAUAGAAAAUGAUAAUAUAUGGCAUAAUAAUGCGAGUACACCGUGUCAAAAGUGAUCAACUUUAAUUUCCGCUGUCUGUCAGCGCGCACCAUUUUGCACUGUUUUGUUUAUAUUUGCUUUGCUUACCAAACGCUUCAGUAAGCGGUACCUGUCGGGACGAUGGCUCCGCAGCACCUCCGGCGGUACCUUUUUUGCUCAGUUGGGAAAAAUGGAGGGGAUGAUUGUGCUUGAGGUGCGCAUGCAUGUUCGUCGUAUUCCCCUUCUUUGUCACCACAACUUUGGAACAAAUAUGACAUAUCGGCUCGUCCGUAUUUGUCGGCUCACCUCUUUCAUUUGGUUUAAAGCCGAAAUAUUCCCACACUUGGGCUGUUGCAUUCGGUUUAGACACCAAAGCUACCGUGUUCAUUCUGUUUGCUUGCUUUUCACUCACGACGCUCACUUGCAGCACUGUAUCCAAAAGUCUGUGUCUGCGUGCCUGUGCGCGGCAGCUCCCCCACCCCCCGUGACAAAGAGACUGAAUGACUGACAGGAGGGUCCACUAACUCCGUUCGUUCCGCUAUAGAGCCAACGCCCCCAGGUGCCGAGAAAAAUGCGCAGAGUGAGACCUCUUCUCUCAUCCAGCGUGUUUGGUAGCGAGUGAGGAGGAAAACAAACGCACGUUAAUUAUCGAGGCUGGCAAAAUGACCGACCUCGUUUUUAUUUACCGAGCGAUAAGGCGAUUUAUUGAUUAUCGCGACAGGCCUAGUUACCGGAGAAUUAAACAGGAAGUAUACGGAAUGACCGAACGUGGAGCUAAACGCGGAGCUGAGGUCAGCAAAAUAGGUGUCAGCCAUGACUUUGAGUCAUCCUCUGAAGACAAUAUUGUUGAGGAGAAAAGUUUUUGAUCGUCGGUUGUGUGGCGGUGAGGUGGAAGUGUUACAGUUGACCCGUGUUAUAACUAUCCACGGUCUCCUCUACUCACUGUAUUAAAAAGAGUAACACCUUAAGUACCUUACCAAAAAGGCAGAGAUAUCCACACUGUAAAAAGUGACUUUUUGGUGCAGUAAACUCUAUUAGAGUAACUGUCAUAAUUUCUACCUUGUAUUUUUAAGAUUCAGUAAAAAGUAGAAUUUCUUCAGUAAAAUUAAACUUCUUUUUUUAACACAAUACAUGAAUUAUGGAAGAAGAGUAAGUUUAACUUAGGCCCGAACUACACGUAUAUGGAUAUUUAUUUAUCAGGAUAUUUUUGUACUCCCGUCUAAAUAAAUGUAUCUGUCCACACGUGUUCGUACUCAAAAAUAUCUGCGUCCACACGUAGCCUUCAAACUCAAUCCUAUCUGGUGCCGCUUAAAAAAAAAUUCAGGAACAAAGCUACAUGAUUGGCCGAUGAAUCGUAACAGCGUGAUGCGUCAUGCAUUGUUUGCGGAAGCUACGCUUGUGCGUCGGGUCCAUGUGACGGACCAUGUGACCAAUAAAAGUAUUGGCCGCAGCAGACGCUUCUGUGAGCUGGCUGACUGGUGGAUGUAAUUGUAUAAAACAAGGUUCACUUGCAAGGCUGAAAUUAGCCCCAAAAGGGCAAAACAAACAUAAAGAAUACCCUGGGUCCGUUUCACGUAGCAGGUUUAGUGGAAACUCCGAGUUUGUUAACCCUGAAAUCAGGGAAACUCUGAGUUUUCCGUUUCACAAAGGAGGGUUAGUUAAACCAGGGAGAGAGGGGUAACUCUAACCUGUUUCACAAAGAGAGGUAACUCAACCUCGCGGUCAGUUACCACAGUAACAGACUCCGUGAACCUAACCUGCUCGGGAGCAGGUUUAACUCAGUAAACCCAGAGUUUCAGGUGAGACAUCGGCAUUUUCUCAUUUUGAUCAUGUUUUACAUUGUCAAGUAAGUAUUUAGUGGCAGUUUGAUCCCUUAAAAAAUGCUCUUUUCACACUCAAAACUGAAUUUUACUGUCUUAUUAUGUUCCGUUAAAUGAUUAGGAAUAUUAAACUAACACAAAAACGGGUGGUGGUCCAGCAGCCCCACCUUUAACGGAGGCAGAGGAGCUGCCCCCCCCCGUUCGACGAUCGCGGCCGGUCCGAUCGCAAAUCCCCCCCCCCCCCCCCCCCACACACACACACACACACACACACACACACACACACACACACACACACACACACACACACACACACACACACCAGUCCGACGAUCGCUGCUACGAGGUAGGGGUUUCGAUCGUCGAGGGGCAUCUGGCAUCUGCCCUCUUUCUGUUUGCUGAGUGAAAGUCUAAUAUUGAGUGUAGUGUGUGUUAGUUUAAUAUAUGUACAUAUACAUACUGAGAGUUAGUUUAAUAUUCCUAAUCAUUUAACGGAACAUCAUAAGAGAGUAAAAUUCAUUUUUGAGUGUGAAAGAGCAUUUUCUAAGGGAUCAAACUGCCACUUAAUACUUACUUCACAAUGUAAAACAUGAUCAAAAUGAUUCAAGCAGUUUCCCUGCAACAGUCUGUCAUUGUGAUUGCACGAGACUAGAUUUAAAGUUACGCAUUGACGCGAGCAGCGAUCUCCUCCCAAGCCCUCUCCCUCUCCUUUGCAGCUGCUGCUGUAUUGCACUUUCUUUUAAAAACGUGCUGUAAUUCACUGUUGGCUUGCUGCUGCCCCCUCCUUCUCCCUGUUUCCAUUGGUUGAUCAUUGAAUCUGCGCUCCACAGAUGCUGGCUGUUUAUGUCUGGCGUGCACGUGCUUAACUCCAGGUCAAACUACUCGGAGUUGUUAAAACCGUCUCAAAUCAGGUAUUGUGAAACCGGAAACUCAGAGUUUCCUAACUCAGAGUAGAUCAACUCAGAGUUAAGGAUUUAACUCAGAGUUUGUUGAACCACCUACGUGAAACGGACCCCCUGUCUGUCCGCCAUCGUUGUUGUUGUUGUUGUUGUUUUUCUUUUUAAUUCGCAUGCGCGAGCUGCGGUUUGACGUCAUCGAUCUGUAAAAGUCCAACAACACGAAUCCACUACGGAUACGGGAUACGGAUAUUUUUUUAUUUCUCCACUUGUUUUUCCGGAUUCAGAUUUAUCCGGUUUGAGCGCUCCAAACUCCCGUUUUGGUGUGGUAGGGAGGCCUAAUCGGACAUAAAUAUGUGCGGUUUGAAAUAUAUCCGCCUCCGUGUAGUUCGGGCCUUAGGUUUCUUUGCAUGAUUUAAAUGUUUAAUAGUUGUAUGUAGGGCUGGGCGAUAUGGGAAGAAGUUUAUCACAAUAUAUUUUUUCACAUCAGUCGAUAUCGAUAUUUAUCACAAUAUUAAAAAAAUCACUUGUCAGUCUUAAAUGUUGCCUGUUACUGUUAAAUGAAAUUUAACAUGUACUCGACAUAAUUUACAGUACACAUUACUCUGCUUCCUGUCGGACCUCAAAAAACAAAAUACCUCCACACCACCGACGUUUUCGUGCCAGUGUUGUCGACGAUGUUGUCGUCUGUUGAGCCUUCAUCGUCAUUUCUGUUGGGGUAGCACUCAUUUUCUUUUUUUCUCACCAACAUUGCUGUCGGCCUCACCUGUUAUAGUGCUAUGGUUGGGUGUAGCUGCUGUCUGCUACUACGCAGUUGUUUGAUACUUGGUUCUGAUUCGGCACAUGAUUGGUUCAGCGUGAAGCAGACCCAGAGCAACUCCUCUUUUCAUUGGCUAUUGGUAUAGUCUACCAAAACAUGUCAGAAUGCCAUGAGUCAGGCAGGGUACGCAGAAGCUCAGGAGAUAGGGCGGUUGUUCAAUAACCAGAAGGUUGGUGGUUCGAUUCCCCCUAUUCCGAGUCUGUCUGUUGUGUCCUUGGGCAAGACACUUACCCCCCUUCCUCCCAGUGUGUGUCCUCUACUGGUGUGUGAUUGUGAGUGUUGUGUGGUGGUGGUUGGAGAGGUUGUAGGCGCAAAUUGGCAGCCAUGUUUUCAUCAGUCUGCCCCAAGGUCAGCUGUGAUUAAGAUAGUUUACCACCACCAGGGUGUGACAAUGUGAGCGAAUGAAUGAUGGAUCCAAUGUGAAGAGCUUUGAAGGUCUCUGAUAAAGAAAUCUAUAUUAAAUCUGAUCAACCAAGUAAAUUAAAAUGUCAAGCACAAGAAAAGAAUUCAUAUCUACUUAAUAGCAAAUACUACAGUUUGUGGAGAGAUCUACACUGAGGAAGGUGGAGACUAUUCUAAAGAACAUGGAUCACCCACUUCACAACACCUCAAUGGACCAAAGGGCCAAUGGUGGUGGACGGCUCCUCUUCGUUGCAGGACAGAAAGAUUCAGAAGAUCUUUUGUACCAACAGCCAUUAAACUUUAUAACUCUUGGGUAAAUAAUAGAUAACUUUUUUGGAGACGUAUUAUGUGAGACAACAGACAAUUGAAUUUCCCUUCGGGGAUUAAUGAAGUUCUUCUUAGUCUUAUUUUCCAUGAUGACCCACUAAACUGGUGUGAAUGGUGCAUGCAAACCAAAAGACCGAGAAUGGAGGGUGUGUUUGGGUGGGGUGGGGUGAGGUGGGGGGGCUGUGGACUUUAUUAAGUUGUUAUCUGGACUUUUGAUGCUGCAGUCUGAUACCUGCUCAGGGACUGUACAGUUCAAACUGGAGAUCCCAGAUUUCAAAACAAGUUGAUAACUUUGACUAACUAUUGUUUUAUUUAUUCAUUUAUUUAUAUAUUUAUUCAUUUUCUUCCUUAUUUCACUUCCUCCUUUUCUCUUCCUCUUUUUAAAAACUCUCUCUGACUCAUGUCUGGACUGAAAUAUUCAAACCAGUCUCUAAUUUUGUCUUGAAACCAACAUACUCAGACCUGUUCAGUUGAAAAAUGGAAAAAAUCACUAAAUGAAUAAAGAACCUGUAGCCACUGCUUUCCUUCAACAAAAAAAGGCAGCGGGGAUUUAGGUUUGCUUGCAUCUGUGACUCGUUCAAUUAGUAGUCUGGUUUGGGUGUUAAAAAGUAAUUUAUUGUUCAAAAAGAGAAAAAAAAAACAUGCUGAUCCGGGUCCAAAAACUUUUGCCUUUGAAUGAAAAGUGAUAAGAUGAAAUGAGGUUAAAACAGGAUGAGUGAAACGAUGAAAAAGGGUCAACAGAAGAUUAUCAGAGCUUACCAAACCUAUUGUCUGACUACAACGGUAAGAUUUAAAUAACCUGCCAAACAUCCCAAAACCACACCCCUCAGUGACCAUCCUCGGGAGUGACAUACCCAUAGAAAUCAUACUUUUAACAAAUAUAUUUUGGCUCCUACAGAACCAAAUAUUAAUGAACUAAUCUCUGAUCAUCGCAUUGAUUUACUCUCCCUAACCGAAACAUGGCUGCGUAAGGAUGAAUAUGUAAGUUUAAAUGAAUCCACUCCUCCUAGCCACCUAAACUUUCACAUUCCUCGAGACUCUGGCCGAGGUGGUGGAGUUGCAGCUAUCUACAAUUCCAGUCUUAGAAUUAACCCAAGACCAAAACUAGUUUAUAACUCUUUUGAAAGUCUCGUUCUCAGUCUCCCGCAUCCAGCCUCAAAGUCCAUGAGACCACUGGUAUUUGCUAUAGUUUACCGCCCUCCGAGCCCAUACUCUGAGUUUUUGUCAGAGUUCUCAGAGUUCCUAUCCGAAUUAGUCCUUCUCGCAGAUAAAGUCAUCGUCGUCGGUGACUUUAAUAUUCACGUAGAUGUAGAAAAUGAUAGCCUAAGCAUUUCUUUUCGGUCCUUGCUAGAUUCAAUUGGGUUUACACAGUGUGUACAUAGACCUACGCACUGCUUUAACCACACUCUCGAUCUCGUCCUGGCUUAUGGCCUCGAAACUGAUGCCCUGUUAGUCAGCUCAUUAAAUCCUCUAUUAUCUGAUCACUGUCUAGUAACUUUUGAAUUUGUGCUUUCAGGUUACUCUCCUCACAACAAAGCCGUGCUAACUAGAAGGUUGUCUGAAAAUGCUGUUACUAAGUUCAAGGAGGUAAUUCCGUCUGCUCUAAAUUCUGUAGUUGAGAAAAACUUUACUGAUAGCUCAUAUUUAAACAUCAGUCCCUUGCAACUCGACCAGUUUGUUGAUGAUACCUCAGGCACACUGCGAUCAGUUCUAGACUCAGUUGCCCCUCUUCGACAGAAAACUAUUACACGCGAGAGGCUAGCCCCGUGGUAUAAUGCUGAAACCCGUGAGCUGAAACAGUUAUUAAGAAAAUGUGAAAGGAUUUGGCGCUCCUCCAAAACAGCUGAAGCUCGUUUUCUCUGGCAGGAAUGUCUGGAUAAAUAUAAGAAAGCCCUACGACGUGCUCGGACAACCUACUACUCGUCUCUUAUUGAGGAAAAUAAGAAUAACCCCAGAUAUCUCUUCAGCACUGUAGCCAGGCUGACAGACUGUCAGAGCACCACUGAACCAUGUAUCCCAUUAGCCCUUAGCAGCAAUGACUUCCUGAGCUUCUUCAAUGAUAAAAUCUUAAAAAUAAGAGGUAAAAUUAGUAACCUAUUGACUCCAUCAAGUGUCUCUCUCUCAGAUAACCCUAAAAAUGUUGAGGAGCCCCUAAGGCCUCUGGUGCACCUUAGUAAUUUUGUACCUAUUGACCUUCCUGAGGCUGUGUCUCAUUUCAGAGACCGCAUCGUGAUAAGCGCGCUUAACGGCGCUUAGCUGAGUGCACUGCCGUUUUGAGCCGUUUUACGCCGUUUUGCGCCGUUCUGUGCCCUUCCUGUGUCCCAUUUCAGAUACAGCAGCCAUCGAACGGCGCAUCUGACGCGUACGUGAGGUCACCACGCGGCACGAACGGUGUCCCGUUUGGCACAAAAUACUAAUUGCGCUUCAAAUUCGGUCUCAAAACCACACUACCCCCGCCUCUUUUUCAAGCGUGCAUGUAUGCACGCUUUCGUGCCGUCGGUAUCCCAGAAUUCUUUGCGUGCCGCUGCACAGCUGUGCAUUUCAGGUGAGAGGCUGGACUCGCUUGGAGACACAGCGCGUCUUCAAAGAAAAUACAAGAAAUCCAAAACCAGUAGACAGUCAGCUCAGGCUGUAUGAGAGCAUGAUCUCUGAACUCACUAAAAUCUGUAAACCAAACAUUAGAGAUUUAGAGACGAACUGAUCCGCUGUGUUACAACUAUCAAAAACAUUAGAAAUGAGAAAGCUGACAAAACUACAGCAGAGUAUCAGGACAACAUUGAGUUUUUUUUUUUUUUUUUAAGAUUUAGAGAUUAAAGUUGUAAAUUUAGGAGAAUAAACUCAUAAAGUAAAUAAAGUCAUAAAGCUGCUUUUGUUGAGGGGGAAAUGACUGAAGCUGGUCAUCUGCAGGGUUAUCUGUGGAUGUAUCAGCGGGUCAUUAAGAGAGAUUUUGUGGUUUCUGAAGAAACAAUCAAACUGAUGAUGAUCAACAUUUGUGAUCCAGAGGGAGUCGAGCUCCGACGAGCACCACGUCUCUGACACCGGCGGUAGCCUACACCUGCAGAGACACCAACACCUUAUUACUGCAUAUGGAUUCAUAUCAUAAACUAAAGCUCAAUGUCAUUCACGGAUAUUUACGGCUGCAUUGACAGAUAUAUCCUCAGCAUAUUCAUUUAUGCCCCCACAAAAGCAGCGAUUUCCUUCAAGUACACCAAUAUUUUUCCCCCGUGGAAAAGACGUAUUUCUCAUAUAUUCUUUUUAAAGUCUUUAUACUUAUGACAAUGUUAUGCUGAUGUGCCAGAGGAUGAAGAAUCUCCUUGUUUGUGAAACCUAUACUGAAGCACAGUUCCUUCAAAUGCUUCAUGGCCCUAAUUUUAACAAGUCUCUCUGAAAUAACAGGUUAUGACUUCAUUCUCAUAAAUUAAUGACUUUAUUCUCGUAAAUUCACGACUUAAAUCUCGAAGUCCUUAAAGUCUUAAAUCUCAAUAUGGCCCUCAUACUCCUUCUUACAAAACAAUCAUUGGAUGAAUUGUGCUUGUAUAUAUCUACUAUUUUGUGUCUGUGCAAGGUCGCACAAUUAAAACAAUAAAUGCUGCGCUCCGCGGGUUUCCUUUAAGUCAGUCGUGACGCGAGCCUGAGGGCGGGGACAUUUGGCAACUCCACCAUGAAGCCCUCCGAAGGUCUCCAAAUGUCCCCGCCCUCAGGCUUACGUCACGACUGAUUAGAAAAAAAGCUGCGGAGCGCAGCAUGUAUUGUUUUAAUUGUGCGACCUUGCACAGACACAAAAUAGUAGAUACAUACAAGCCCAGAUCAUUCCCACAAAAUUCAUCCAAUGAUUGUUUUGUAUGAAGGAGUAUGAGGGCCCUAUUGAGAAGGAGGAUAGGAGAUUCUCCAUCCUCUGGCACAUCAGCAUCACAUUGUCAUAAGUAUAAAGACUUUAAAAAAAGAAUAUAUGAGAAAUACGUCUUUUCCACGGGGAAAAAAACUGGUGUACUUGAAGGAAAUCGCUGCUUUUGUGGAGGCAUAAAUGAAUAUGCUGAGGAUAUAUCUGUCAAUGCAGCCGUAAAUAUCCGUGAAUGACAUUGAGCUUUAAUUUAUGAUAUGAAUCCAUAUGCCAUAAUAAGGUGUUGGUGUCUCUGCAGGUGUAGGCUACGGCCGGUGUCAGAGACGUGGUGCUCGUCGGAGCUCGACUCCCUCUGGAUCACAAAUGUUGAUCAUCAUCAGUUUGAUUGUUUCUUCAGAAACCACAAAAUCUCUCUUAAUGACCUACUGAUACAUCCACAGAUAACCCUGCAGAUGACCAACUUCAGUCAUUUCCCCCUCCACAAAAGCAGCUUUAUGACUUUAUUUACUUUAUGACUUUAUUCUCCUAAGUUUACAACUUUAAUCUCUAAAUCUUAAAAGAAAAAAACUCAAUGUUGUCCUGAUACUCUGCUGUAGUUUUGUCAGCUUUCUUAUUUCUAAUGUUUUUGAUAGUUGUAACACAGCGGAUCAGUUCGUCUCUAAAUCUAUGAUGUUUGGUUUACAGAUUUUAGUGAGUUCAGAGAUCAUGCUCUCAUACAGCCUGAGCUGACUGUCUGCGGUUUUUGGAUUUCUUGUAUUUUCUUUGAAGACGCGCUGUGUCUCCAAGCGAGUCCAGCCUCUCACCUGAAAUGCGCAGCUGUGCAGCGGCACGCAAAGCAUUCUGGGAUACCGACGGCAGGAAAGCGUGCAUAAAUGCACGCUUGAAAACAUGCUAAGCGCGCUUAGCAUUUUUUAGCAUCUCGUGCCAAAUGGGACACCGUUCGCACCGUCGUGACGUCAUGCACACUUCAAAUGCACCGUUCGACGGUGCAGAAGGGCACUUAGGUCGAUGCGGUCUCUGAAAUGAGACACAGCCUGAGUUAAAAUCAGUGGUGCUAGCAGCCAAACCAUCGACGUGUCUCUUAGACCCAAUUCCAUCUAAAUUGCUGAAGGAAACUCUUCCUUUGAUUAGUACGUCCCUGCUCAAAAUGAUUAACACGUCUUUAUUAACAGGAUAUGUUCCCCAGUCUUUCAAGACUGCAUUGAUUAAGCCUCUCCUUAAAAAACCUACUCUAGACUCAAGCUCCCUAGCUAACUAUAGACCAAUAUCCAACCUUCCUUUUAUUUCUAAAAUCCUAGAGAAAGUUGUUGCGAAUCAACUCUGUGAUUUUCUCCAUAACAACGGUUUAUUAGAGGAUUUCCAGUCUGGGUUUAGAACCCAUCACAGCACAGAGACUGCUCUGCUAAAGGUGUCAAAUGACCUACUCAUGGCCUCAGACAAUGGUUUUCUCUCUGUUCUAGUCCUGUUAGAUCUUAGUGCAGCAUUUGACACAAUUGACCACUCCAUCCUGCUUCAGAGACUAGAACAAUCUAUAGGCAUAGCAGGAUCAGCUCUCUCCUGGUUUAAAUCGUACCUAACAGAUCGAUCCCAGUUUGUCAAUGUAAAUAAUGAAUCCUCUGCACACACCAAGGUCUGCUACGGUGUGCCGCAAGGGUCAGUGCUCGGUCCAAUCCUAUUCACCCUGUACAUGAUUCCGCUGGGUAAAAUUAUGAGGAAGUACUCGAUUAAUUUCCACUGUUAUGCAGAUGACACCCAGCUAUACCUAUCCAUAAAGCCAGAGGAAGCAGGCCAGGUUGCUAGGUUAGAAGCCUGCCUCAAAGAUAUAAAAUCCUGGAUGACCAAUAAUUUUCUAAUGCUCAACUCAGACAAAACUGAAGUUCUGGUCCUCGGUCCUAAACACCUUAGAGAGGCGUUCUCUAGUAAUUUAGCUACAUUUGAUGGUAUCAGCCUGGCAUCCAGCCCCACUGUGCGAAAUCUAGGAGUUGUAUUUGAUCAGGAUUUAUCUUUUAGCUCCCACAUUCAACAAAUUUCCAGGACAGCCUUUUUCCACCUGCGCAAUAUCUCAAAAAUUAGAUGUAUAUUGUCUCAGAGCGAUGCAGAAAAACUAGUCCAUGCCUUUGUUACCUCUAGGCUGGAUUACUGUAAUUCUCUCCUAUCAGGCUGCUCUAGUAAGUCAUUAAGGACUCUUCAGCUGGUCCAAAAUGCAGCAGCUCGGGUAUUGACUAGAACUAGAAGGAGGGAGCACAUCUCUCCUGUUUUAGCCUCUCUUCACUGGCUCCCUAUUAAAUAUAGAAUUGAGUUUAAAAUCCUCCUUGUGACAUAUAAAGCGCUUAAUGGCCAGGCGCCAUCAUAUCUCAACGAGCUAGUUAUACCGUACUUUCCAUCUAGACCGUUACGGGUGAGAGCCCUGACUAUCCUUGAAAAGCGUCUUGAGAUGACGACUGUUGUGAAUUGGCGCUAUAUAAAUAAAAUUUGAUUGAUUGAUUUGAAAUAUUAGACAACAUGCUUUCAGAAACUCCUUUAAAAUCUACAGGCAGGGCCCUGAAGUGGAGCACAGAUCCUGAUCUUAAAAUUAAUGAAACAUUUAUCAAAAAACAAAAAAAAAACCAAAGUUGAUAAUUAUCUGUGUGUGCUGAGACAUUUAAAAAGUGUUUUUUUAUGUAUUUCUGACAGACUCUCCUCUCCUGUGUCCAUGGAGGCUGUUUGACUCCUCCUCCUCCUCCUCCUCCUCCUCCUCCUCUUGGCGGUCUGUAUUUAAGUGUUAGAGGAGCUGAAGAUAAUCCAGACCAAAGAUGUCUGCCUUUCUCUCUCCUGCGAAGGAAACGGCCAUGCUGCAGGCAAAUCCAGCUGCCGUUCCCGCGCUGGAGAUCAAAGUUGGAGCGCUGGUGGUGCUGCUGUCCGUCACUCUGCUGUUUGGAUUCACGCCGCUCUGCGUUGUCCGGGGAGCGGGCCGCUGCAGCGUGGACCCCGGUGAGAAACCAAACCCAGACUGUAACUUUAUAGAUAGUGUUUAUUUUGCUUUUGAAUUGGUGUGUAUGUGGAUUCUGGUGUUUUUGCUGACAGCCUCAAGUGGACACUCAGGGAACUGCAGUUUUAGCACUUCCAUGUUGGCUUCAAUUCUCAGGUCCAGCUCGGAUCUCACCUGACUGGUUACUCAUUCUUGCCACCUAUUGGUCCACUCUGCUCAUGGGGCGUUAAGUACAGACCAAAUUUUCAGAUUUUUAAAAAGAUCAGGACAUGUGGAGGAAGCCUGAGGGGCAGACCGACACCAGACAAUGGUUGGUUUAACAAAGACUUGACUGACGGGACUCGCCCCCAAUUUCCACCUCAUCCUGAACGUCUACGAAAAGGCUGUAUCCUCCGAUCGUAGCUGAUCAUAACCAUUCAAGUAAAAGUGUCAAUUUCCACUGACUUCUUUCCGUUCUGCUGCGGAUCGCCGGACUCCACAGCUGAUCGCAAGAGUUCUAUUUUUUGCGGACGCUGGAGCAUGCCGGAUAAAUUCAGCACAGAUUAAUCUGUGCUGGAAAGGAAGUCGGGCACAGACACAAAAUAAAACAUCCGGCUUCUUUUUUAUUAUUAUUUUUUUUUUUUACACAGGGAAAGGGGAAAAACAGGUAUACAUAUAUGAACUCAGAAACAAUCUCUUAUCUCUUUAUAAAAGAGUAAAAAGAAGAAAAAAAAGAACUGCAGCCAGAUAUCUGCGCCCCUAGCCCUUUGUUUUAAAGGAAUCCUUAACUCCUGCACCAAUCACCAUCACGAGCGGAAGAAAAAGAAAAUAUAUAAACAAACUUAUAUGUAAAACUAGAAAAGCACUCGCAGAGCGCAGACCUCCGCCAAGCAGCUCAUGUUCCCCCUUAUAUUGUGAUUCACACCAAAACUUUUACUGUUACGUGUCUUUUAUUAACUUUUAUUUGUGUUUAAACUGGUAUGUUCACUGUUCAUAAUGUUCCUAAAACAAGAAAUGCCCUGACCCGGAUUCGAACCCAGGACCUUCUUGCUGUGAGGCAACAGUGCUAACCACUACACCACUGUGCCGCCCAUUGGUUAUCUUUCAGCACUGAAAAUUCCAACGACACCCUUAUUUUUGUGUGUUUUGGAUCACAGUAUCCAGAAUUUUGUCUGGAUCAGGAUCAACCUUUGACACCUCACAAAACUCAUUGAGAUCCUUUUGUGUAAUUUUUUACUAAAGACUGGCCAUUUUUAUAGAGUUAAAAGCAAAAAUUCCCAAAUUUGCCCUAUCUCACAAUGAUAAAGAAUCCUUCAAAAAAUUCCUGGAUCCAGAAGGCGAUCAGGAUCACCACCAAAAUGUAAUGGGAUCCUCCUGGGGCUGAGACGCACCUCUGGUAAAAAUUUCAGGUCAAUCCGUCUGUAACUUUCUCCGUAAAGUUGUUCACAGACAAACAAACAAACAAACAAAUCAACGCUACCGAAAACAUAACCUCCUUGGCGGAGGUAAUAAACCCCCCAGCCCCACCCCCGCAUUGGCCUAAAUUAAAUACACAGAUAUUUAAACAAACAAGAGCUGAUACAAAAGCAAGGAGUUAGAGAAAAAAUAAAUAAGUAAAUAAAUAAAUAAACAAAACUAUCAACAAAAUAAAACAUUACAAUUCCGAUUAUAGAAAGUUUGCAUUUUUCUUGUUUUUGUUUAGUGAGAGGUCCUGACUUGAUCUAAAAUGUGAUUCCAGAGGUCCAUUGUCUGACUACUAGCUCCAUUCUGUCUUGCUGUUGAAAGCUCCAUUAACGCCACAUUAUGUAAUGACUGUUUCCAUUGGUUAAAGGGUAGAGUAUGUGGAGCUUCCCAUCGGAGUGCUAACAUUUUUUUGCAGCAGUACUACCUGCCAGCCAGAAAUGUCUCUGAAGUAUACUUAAAUUUACAGAACUAUCGUCAUUAAGGAGCAUUAAUUUUGGACAACAUGAAAUCUGUUUUUGUAAAAUGUUAGAUCGAUAACAGGCAAUCUGUUCCCAAAAACUUUGGACUGUGGGACAUUCCCAUAUCAUAUGUAAGAAGGUACCAGUUACAUUUAGAGAACAUAAAGUGCAAUUUGGUGAUAUACUAAGUCUCAUCCUAUAGCUUUUCUGAGGAGUUAAAUAGUGUUUUAUGUGCAAAAUUAUAGUGAAUCUGCUGAUGAUUUGGGUUCCGGGAUGCCAGAAUAAUGUUUCCCCAAACUUUAGUCCAAUUUAUAAGUUGAUCCUGCUGGUGUAGGUCUAAGUCUGUGUUCCAUGAUUGGGUAACCGAUAUUGACGAAGUGUGUCUCUGUGACAGAUCUUUAUAGAUUAAUGGAACUUGACCGUUAGUUAAGUCUAACUUUUUUAAAGAAAGUAACUAGGGGAUGGGUAGGUGGUAGAGCCCAUGGAACUCCAUAGGCCCGCAUAGCAGAACGAAGCUGUAACUACAAAAAGAAAGACGUACCAGGUAGGUUAUAUGACUCCUUCAGAUCGGAGAAAGAUCUUAAACCAUGGUCAUCCAUGACAUCGCCAAGCACCUGUAUACCGCAGUUGGACCAAGAUUGAGCUACAAAGCAGCGACCUCCACUACGCAGUAAAGGGUUAUGAAAUAAGGGAGUCUGCUCAUGCCAUUUUAUGUCACAAUUAAUUUGUUUUUCAUAUUUGCUCCAGAGAGAUAUUGCAUUUGCUAUUAUUGGGCCGUAACGCAAUCUGCACUGCUUUAAAGGAAUAUCUAUAAAAAGAAUGUUUCGUAACGAAACAGGUGCCACAAUAUAUUUUUCAAUAUUUAUCCAGGUAGCAUCAGAAUGUAAUUUAAACCAAUUCAAAAGGGGACGGAGUGAUAAAGCUUGAAAAUAUAAUUUGAAAUUGAGCACAGCAAGACCACCAGAUUGCCUUUCAUUCUGUAAAGUAGUAAGUUUCACGCGAGCCCUCUUUCCUUGUCAUAUAAAUUUUGAAACAGCUCUGUGUAGAUGUGAGCAUCAGGUGGGGCAAUGGGGAUCAUGGAACUACAAAAGUUCACACAAGGUAAUAUAUUCAUUUUAAUUGUAGACAUUCUUCCAGGAAGGGAGACAGGUAUGCUACACCAACGAUUAAGAUCGGCAAUUGCCGACCUGAAGGUUCUAUUAUAAUUUGCAGAGACAAUUUUUUCAAUCGAUGGAAAUAUAUCUAUACCUAAGUAUUUAAAUUGGGAUACAACCAGGAUUUCAUGAUCAGUAAUAGAAUUGUCAAUAGUUUUUAGAUACAUUAAAGCUGAUUUAGUCCAGCUUAUAACUUGUAACUUGAAAUCGAACUAUAUUUAUCAAAAAUUUUAAGGAAACUUGGGAGUGAUUGAGACGCAUCUUGCAUGUAUAACAAGAUUUCAUCCGCAUAAAGAGAGAUAUAAUGAUCAGUAGAAUUGACAGAAUUAGGCUUAAAGGGGACCUGCCACCAAAAUUUCAUACCCAUUUUGAUCAUUUUUUCAUAAUCCUUGAUGUCCUCUGAUCAUGUUUGCAACAUAAUUUUAGCUGAAAAGUUAUUUGAUGGUUUGUUUUAGUAUGCCUAAAAAACCUUACAGGAAAACCAACUGGUUUUGGCUCAUUAACAUUUAUGGUGAUGAGCUUUGCUCUGAUUGGAUCGCUGCUGUGAAGCCUGCUGUGCUCUGAUUGGCUCAGCAGUGGAGGUUCGGAUUUCGGUUUAUCCAUUGUUAUUAUGCUAAUGCUAAUAGCAUAUGCUAAUGUAUGCUAAAGUAAGGUGCCCAGAUGUCUGUAAUGAUAUCCGGGGAUAUUCGGUGCGGCGGCGGCGGUGCAGGGGCUGCAGGGGCUGUGUGAUCACAGACAAAAUCUCGGUACUAUUUAGUAGCAGCGCAUGCCCCUUGUAAUAACCCCCAUAAGAACUGUUGUUCAGGACUGCUUACUUGUGCUUCCUACCUAUUCGGCUACUGUAAUAAUCGUUGUUCGAGCCCACACGCAACAUUUUUGCUCUCAUUCAUGAAACGCUUAAAUCUGGGACAUUUUCAGGGACAGCUUUUGCCGGGGACAGGUCAUCCAAUACGGGGACUGUCCCCGGAACUCGGGGACGUCUGGUCACCUUAUGCUAAAGGCUAAAAAUGGCAGGUAUUAAACCAUAUAUUUUAGACCCCGAGUCCGAAGAGGAGGUGGAAGUUGAGGAAGAAGCCGGAGAUCUCCAGCGGUGUUUUCUCAUUCAUUCUGUCCAGCUUUAAGUUCAUUUUCCCGGCAGUGAACUCAAGGAAACACCGGUCGUUUGGAAGAGACCCAUCGCGGAUACAGUGGUAGCUGGGUCUCGCUCUGGCUGUGACUGAGUACGAGAACAAGAGCGUGGGCGCGGCUCACCGAGGACGCGCUCGAGAAUAAUAAUGAGCAAGGUCAGUGCGACGUCAGAAUGAGCUUCUUUUUCAAUCGGCCUGGUUUACCCGUUCCUUUAUUUUAAACCUUUACAGAAUGCAAACGACGUAACGGUUUGUUUUCACAUUUACAACAUAAGACGAACAUAAUAUGGACCUUAUCUGACACAAAAAACACAAAAAAUUACAUUUUUAUGGCAGGUCCCCUUUAAUGUUUCUUGAUUGCCAAAUAGCUUGGGCUAAAGGUUCGAGGGAUAAAAUAAAUAGAUUUGCUGAAAUUGGGUCCCCUUGUCUACUUCCAUGGGUGACUUUAAAAGGAGAACUGUUGUCAGCUGUGAUGACACUGGCUGAUGGAUUAACAAAUAAUAUUCACCAUUUCACCAUAUUUAUAAAGUUUGCGCCCAGUCCCAUACGCUGUAAUACAGACCAAAGAUAUGAAAACUCUAAGCGGUCAAAGGCCUUCUCUGCAUCAACAGAGAGUACAGCCGCAGAUGUUUUGGCUUGGGGGGCGGAGUUAACAAUAUGAAGGAGAUGUCGUAAAUUAUCAGAAGAGAGUGUUUUUUUGACAAAACCACUUUGGUUUGGGUGAAUUAAUUUCGGUAAAAAUAUUUCUAAACGGCAAGAUAAUACUUUGGAAAAUAAUUUAACAUCAGUAUUAAUUAAAGAAAUAGGGCGCCAAUUGGAGCAUUGAUUUGGGUCCUUACCCUUCUUUAAUAAAAGGGAAAUAAAUGACAUAUUCACAUCCCGCCCUAAGGAACCUUUGGAUAUAGAUGUAUUAAUCAUUUCAAGUAAUAAUGGCCCUAAUUGAUCCCAAAACUUCAAAUAUACUUCAGGGGGGAUGCCAUCCCAACUGGGAGAUCUACCUUUAUUCAUGGUGUCUAAAGAUUCCUUAAGCUCUUGUAAUGAUAUAGGGGCACCCAAUAUACUUGAUUCAGCUGGUGACAGGACUGGAAGGUUAAGUCCACUUAAAAAGGAUUCAAUAUCUUCCGAAGGUUGUUCGCCCUCUGAAGUAUAUAAAUCACUGUAAAAUUUUGCAAAUCUAGCAUUAAUUAGUUUGGGAUCAGUAAGUACCUCACCGUUUUCUGACAUAACAGUGGUGAUAUUACCCACAAGAUCACUGUUACGAAGUUUAUUGGCGAGUAUUUGACUCGGUCGGCUACCGUAAAAAUAUUGGCUAACUCUGACUUUAUGAAUGUAAGAUUCAGCUCUUUUCCUGAUGAGAUCGUUCAGUUCAUUCUUAACAUUAACGAGAGUAGUUGCAGUUUGUGGAUUAUAGUGCCUCUGUUGAGAUAAGUCUAAAGUAGACAGCAGGUCUUCUAAUUCAGAUAUACAUUUUAGUUGAGAUUUGUUAAGAUUUGAGGAGAAGGUGAUAACAUUAUUUCUUAUAAAACCUUUUAUGCCAUCCCAGAUUAUCCUAAUAUCAUCAACAGAAUUGUUAUUAAUGGUUAGAAAAUAAGAUAGCUCAGAUCGAAAUUGCUCACAAAAUGCUACAUUUUCCAAUAACGAACAAUUGAAACGCCAUCUGAUGGGUAUCCUCUUAGUUUGGGUGAAUUUAAAUUGACAGAAAUAGGCAUGAUGAUCUAAUAGGCUCAUAGGUUGGAUUUCAAUUUUUUUAACAGCUGGAUAUAGUGAUGCUGAUAUUAGAGUUAUAUCAAUACGAGAGAAUGUUAAAUGUCUAUUUGAGAAAAAGGUAUAUUCCUUCUUAGUCGGAUUGUGAGUCGGCCAAAUAUCAAUAAGAUUAAAGUCAGUUAAUAAAUGUCUUAGAGCCUCUGUGGAGCGAGGAUUAUAAUUGAUUGCUUUAGAUUUAUCCAACCUAUGAUCCAAAACAGAAUUCAUAUCUGACCCAAUAACCAACUGGAAAUCAGCUAACUCCAUUAAUAAAUUAUUCAAUGAAAGAUAGAAAUCUGAUUCGAAAUUGUUGGGUGCAUAAACGUUCACAAAUGCGAUUCUCUUACCACUGUAAAUACAUUUUAGAAAAGCUAUUUGUCCUUCUUGAUCACUACCUGUACCUAUAAUUGUAAUUUUUUAUUUCUUAUCAAUGAUUAUAGCAACCCCUUUGGUUUUAUUCAAAGCUGAAGCAGAGGCAGCUACUUUAUAACGUUGGUUUUCUAACUUCUGCACAUCUUUUUCAAGUAAAUGUGUUUCUUGUAGCAUGGCUAUUUCAAUUCGAUUUCUUAAUAAGAUGUCAAGACAGCUAGCCCUUUUAAUAGAAUUGUUAAGGCCUUUCACGUUCCAUGAAAACAUAAUUAAGAAAGACAUUUACACAUAAAAUAAGGUAAAUUCAGAUAGGUGUGUCUCUUUGCUAAAAUAAGAUUCAUGUUUGCUCUUUGUUGAUUGAAAGAACUCUGUGUGAGAAUUAAAAGAAAAUAGGCCGAUGAAAACCACCCCUUGAUCAUAAAAAUUAUGUACAAAAAGAGAAAAAAGUACAAAAAUAAACAUAAGUGAUGGUGAUUGGUGCCCCUCCCACAUAGAUCCUCCCCACCCUGUAUAACUAACAACACAGGGUUGUAACAUUGCUAGAAAAGGAAGCUUUUCUCCGACUGUCCCUAAAAAAAAACAAAAAAAAACGGCGCUACACUGGUCGGCUCCCUGGAUAUCAAGAUUGGACAAUCUUAUUUGAAAACAGAUAUUCCAGUUAUUUAAAUUUGCAUCAAAUUUUUGCAAACACCAGUUUCUUAGAACGAAAAUAAAUAUUAUAAAGAUUGUAAUACUAUGCCACACAAUAAAUAUUAUGUGGCAUAAUGUUAUAUGUCCUUUUGCACAGACGGCCCAACAGAGCAGCACUACCCUUAAAUUAAACCUAUGAUGGACUAUACUGACUAGAUAAUUUCACAUCCAAACUGUAGAGCCUUGCAAUCAUGCAGCGGGGUGUUUUCUUGACAGGGCCGAUGCGAUGGGCAACACAAACCAGCGGCGCGGGUCCAAUAUCUUCUCCAGACAUGUCAAGUAACAUCUUGGUGGUAAAAGCAGUAGGGUUGCCUGCUUCAAUUCCAUUAGGCAAGCCAUAGAUCUUUAUAUUUAACUUGUGGCUGUGAGCCUCGAGUUGUCCCGUCUUCAGUUGCAGACGUUUAUUCUCCUCCAAUAUUGCACUCACAUCAGCGUCCACAAUGGCAUUCUCGAAACUGUUGACUUUGACAACGCAGGACUCCAGCUUGGAUUUCAUUGCGUCCAGACGCUUAUUCAUUGAAAGCAACUUAGUGUCUAAAGCUGCAUUAAUUCCUUCUUUCACGAUUUCACGCAUUGCAGCAGCCAUUUCAUCAGUAAAGGAUUUACCUUGGCGUGUACUGCGGCCGCCGGUGGCUGAUGAUGAUGGUAAUCAGGUGCGUCUGUGCUGACUCGUUUACAAACAAUCUGAGCCGUGUUUUCGUUUACUCUAAAAGAGCUCUGACAGUUCAGAGAUUUAUCACGACAUAGUUUAACAAUAUGUUCUUCACAAUGGAGCGGGUUUAAAUGGUUAGCAGCAAAAGUCCAUCAGAUUAUUAUAUCAUUUAAAAAGGGGAGCAGGAGAGCAGCAGCCAAGCGUGUCACAGCAUGCUACCGGAAACGGAACUGAAACAUCCGUCUUCUUUUCAAAGGCGGAUAGUUCAGGCGGAUCGUAUUUUACAUCAUGCAAACGGGUGGAGACGAACAGGUGAAAGGUUUUUAGACGUCAUUUCACCCCGAUGACACGAUGGAUGAGGAGAUGCUGAUUCUAGAAGUCUAGAAGUAGAUUUCCUCCUCUGGAAGGACACAAUCUACUGCUUAUAUGUCUAUGUGGCUGUCUUUAUAGAGACAACUCGUUAUCUUGUGAUUGCUCGUGAAUCCGCGGGUUCUUGUGAGUUCUCGCGAUUCCCGCAAAUCCGCCAUUAAAUUUGCCUCACCAACAGAUCCGGUAAGAAUUGGCAGAUUGCAAAAAUCGCUGCCAUUCCAGAUCAGAGCCGUUUUGGAUGCGGUGAAAAUUGGGGGUAACCGUGUGCAGGAAGAGGGUUGCAGCUCCAGCAGUAAGAAAAGGAGUUCCUCAAGGGUUAGUGUUGGGACCACUGUGUUUUAUUCUUUAUAUAAAUAAUACAAAUCCAAAUUUAGCUUUAAGUUUUGUGCAGAUGACGUAGUAGUGAACAGCUCUGCAUCUCCUCCAGACCAAGCCUGCUGUAAAAGGUGGGGUAGGCAGGAUCCCCUUAAAGAAGCAUCUUUUUUGUGGUGUAUUUACAAAAAAUCUUUUAAUAUCAGUCAAUAGUUAUUAGUUAUUGAUGACAUUUGGUAAUAUAACUAUAUCUCUGUGUUCUCUUAUGUCUUUGUCGUCAACAUUUUAAAAGUUUUAAUUGUCCCGCUCUUUCUGACUGUAAACAAAGCCGUUCUCCGCCUCCUCGACCUGAUUGGUUGUGAGGCAGAUGCUGCUUCCUUGUGUUGUGAGGCACGCUCCAUGUCCUCAACUAAUGUUCGUGAGCCCAAACAAAGUUAGCGUGCUACAAUAUCGGACAGUAGAAACCAACCAGAAAGUUCAGAAAAUUGUCUGAAUCCUCCUUUGGCCACGACUGCCAACACAAGCAAGAAAACAAAGUAAAUACUGGAGACUCUGGUGGAAUAACGGGCGCUUAAAAAGGAAACCACCCGGACAAGAGCUAAAAAGCCGGGUCAACAUAAACGAUGGGGGACGCUUUGGGAUCUUGGUGACCCUGUAACCUUUCUGCUGAACAGGUAAACCGCUUUAACAAAGUAUGUGUCUGUAACAGAAGUGUUUCUUGUCAAACAGGACCUGCUGUAGCGUGUUGUAGCGCCGCUAAACUGUUGACCUCGGGUCCUGGACUUUGUCACUUUGUCCUAUUUGUAGAGGUCCUGCAAACAUUGUUUACUGGUAGUCUGUUGGCAUCAACAGUAGCACCAAUGCUUUUGACUUUCAAGUUGACUGGGCCCCAUUUGUAAUUAUCUUUAGUAUUUAUCUGCAUUAUAUCUGACUUUAAUUGGAACGAUAUGAGCGAGCAGGAGUGUCUGUUUGUGGGCGGGGCUUGCUGGAGCAGAGAGGGAGGGGAGAGGAGGAGCUGAGGGGAAAACUGGUUGGGAAGGGUAGAGUUUACAUUCAAGAUUUCUCCUAAAACUGCAACUUUCUCAGAUCCUGACUACCCCACCUUCCUGGUUUUAAAUGCAGAAUAAAACCAAAGUCCUGCUGUUUUCAAGAGCAGAGUCCAAACCCUUAAACUCGCCUUUUUCGUGUGCCGCUCCCUCUGCCUGUAAGGAAUCACUAACAGAGUGGAAACUCAAAGAACUGAUCUCAUUGGAUACUCCAAAGAGGAGGUUGAACGUUUGGAGGCGGGCACAUCUGGAUGCUAACGCUCUGAUUAAUUCUGAAUUCUGAUUGAUUCUGGUGGACAUCUGCUGCUGUGUGUAUGUCAUGGAUGACAUAUGUUGUAUUAGGCUGUAUGACUGUUUUAAUGUCCGUCUGGAACUCUGUUGACUGCUGCUGUUUUGGCCAGGACACUCUGGAAACAGAGAUUUUUAAUCUCACUGAGGUUCUAAUAAAAGUUCAAUGAAAAAAAAUCAAUCUUUGUUUUGCAGAUCUGCGGCGCAGGCUGCUCAGUCUGAUCAGCUGUUUUGCUGGAGGAGUGUUUUUGGCCACCUGCCUGCUGGACCUGCUGCCGGACUACCUGGAGAGCAUCAACAAGGCCUUUGCCAAUGCAGGGAUCACCGUAAGAUCACACAAGAAAGAAAUGUGCACCUGUAGGCUAAAAUGCCAUAAAGUGAUAUAGGGCUGCACCUAACGAUUAUUUUUUUAUUUACUAAUCUAAUGAUUAUUUUUUUGAUUAGUCAACUAAUCUAUCAACUAAUUUAUUGAUUAUUGUAACAAUUAUUUUUUCAUUAACCGUUUAAUAUAACAAUGAAUUCAACCAAAAUAACCAUUAAAAACUUGUCCUAUUAGUAUUUCAUUCAAUGAUUUAUUCAAGAUUCUCUUGAAAUCAAAUAAAACUAAAAUAAAUCAUUUCUAUCAAUGUUUUUUACAUUCACAAAGCUCUUAGCAUUGUUUUUUAGCUUAUCUAAAGUUGAUUUUUUGAAAAAUUAACUAAAAAUUGUGGUCGAUCCAGGAGCUUCAAACGCCAAAAUUUAUCCAGUUAAUGUUUGGAAAUUUAACUGGGUAACACAAUCUCUGACCGUCUCGUGAUGGCAGACAAAAAGUCAGAGGGUCACCCAAGUUUGGUGAAUCGUCUGAUCACCAUGAAUUCCUGUACCUGAUUUCAUGAACAUCAAUGUAACACCGAUAUUCCCAGAGACAUAACGCCACCGCCGCCAGCUCAACUUGAGUGUGAAUUAAUGCAAAAUCUGUGAUAAGAUCUUCAAAACGAGAGUUUGUCUAAGGGAGGAGGGCAGCUGGAGGGCUGUGAUGAAAACACUGCUGGGAAACCUGGUGUGUGUGUGUGUGUGUGUGUGUGUGUGUAGGAGUGUUUGAUGGGAAUUACUUUCCUCCCCCUCAAAUAACACUGAAUUAACCUCCAGCUGCUUCACCGGGCUAAGUUAAACACUGCGUUUAAAAAAAAAAAAAAAAAAAGUAUGUGUGCUUGUUUGUAUUUACAUACUUGUGGGGACCAACCGCUUGAUGGACAGCCAUCUUUGUGGGGACAUUCUUCCUAGUCUAAACAGUUAAUGAAAGUAACUGACUAACAAAUGUUGACCUCACAAAAUAUAACAGACAUGUAUGUGUGUGUGUGUUUGGGUGAGUGUGUGUGUGUUUCUUCCCACACUUCCUUCCUCUAACCAUCAAACUGUUUGAUGUGUUGUUUUUUUUCCGCCUUGUUGAUUUUUUGAGGUUAUAACUUCUGUUUGUAAAACAAUGAAUAGUUUUUUCAUUUGCAAAACUUUUUCUGAGCUACUGCAGUUCCACCAGAGAGACGAGAGGACGCCAGGUAAACGGUUGAUUACAAAAGAUCCUGAUGGUUUGAAAUUCAUGUCAAGCCCUUUAUUGAACUGAAAAAAAAAGAGCAAAAAGACAAGAAAACAGUAAAAACUUUUGUAAUGCUGAGGAAACAUCUGGAGGAACAUCUCCAGUUAAUGAGAUGAAUUUCCAACAGGUUAGUCACAUGAUCGGGUCUACAAAGGACAUUCAGAGAGGCUGUAGCCGAGACCAGAUACUCCUGAACUUCAGGACCAUCCAGGCAUCGAAUGAUUUGCAAACCAUCAAAUUCUCUAUGAACAUUGUUCACAGCAUCACAGUGAUUGAACUUCUUUAUGUGUAAACAGAGUUUUUGUUGACUUGAUUUCGGAUAUAAACCUUUAUCCCCCUUCCUCUGACUCUCCGCUCUUUCAUCCUGUUUUCACAUGUCGGUGAAAGCAGAUCAAUCUUUGCGUUUUCAGACAUCAGUCAGAAAAAUAAACUCUGAGCGGGGAGUUCAGUAAAAAUAGGUUACAGCAAAAGACGUGUCAGUACCUCCUGCUUCCUGCCCUGGAUCUAGGUCCAGUUCACUAAAGUGAAGGGAUGGGGUAGAGAGAGUUCUGAAAGUUCUGCACCUUGGUGCCGUUUGCUCUUGUUUUGCAUCUUGUUGUCGAGAUAAACCGUCAACGUGGAGAGAGGAGCUGAAGUUUUUGGUGAAAUUGCUCUAAACUGUUUCCUCUCUCUUUGCAGCUCCAGUUCCCUCUCCCUGAGUUCAUCAUGGCCAUGGGCUUCUUUCUGGUCCUGGUCCUGGAGCAGAUCAUCCUGGCUUUCAAGGACCAGUCAGCCUCCCUCUCAGAGGAACGUCGGGCCCUCUUGGUGGACCCCAACGUCCAGGCCAACAGCCACAAUAACCACUCCCACCAGCACCAUGGAUCAGUGGAGUCUGAUGGCGGCCACUUCCACAUGGACUUUAACUCCCAGUCGGCCCUGAGAGCCUUCAUCCUGGUCUUCUCCCUGUCUCUACACUCUGUCUUUGAGGGUUUGGCAGUGGGUCUGGUCGAGGAGGGGAAGGAGGUCCUGGAGAUCUGCCUGGCUCUGAUGAUCCAUAAGAGCAUCAUCUCCUUCAGCCUGUCCUUCAAGCUGGCUCAGAGCCGGCUGCGGCGCUCCGUGGUAGUUGGAUGCCUGCUGCUGUUCGCCAUCAUGUCCCCCCUAGGUAUCGCUGUGGGAAUCGGUCUCACGGAGACCCGGACGUCCCCGCAGCAUCAGCUGGCCCGCUCCACGCUGGAGGGGCUAGCAGGGGGAACUUUCAUCUAUAUCACCUUCAUGGAGAUCCUGCCACACGAGCUCAGCUCCCCCAGGAACCGCAUCCUCAAAGUGGCCAUGCUGCUGGUGGGCUUCGCCGUGGUCACCGCCGUGCUCUUCAUUAAACUGUAACAGAGAUAUUUGAUGGAAAUUCAGAGAGGUCCUGAACCCAGACCCAGACCUGAGACCAGGAGAGGUCAAGUCGAUCAUGGCUCACAGGUUACAAAUCAAAGCCAACAUUAUUUUUUAAUAAUUUUUACUAAAGUCCUGGUGGACGAUCUGAGAAGCAGUUAAAAAAAAAAUGAGCUGUUGAGGCAGAUUUUUAAAAAAGCGUCCCAUCCCCCACACACAAACCUCUGCCCUCUGUGCUUCACGAUAACUCCCCCCCGAACCUGUAUCGCCCUCCCCAUGACACACCCCCUCUGGCAGAGCAAGAAGCCGGCCAGCAGAAGAUCCUACGCUAGCUUCAAAUAGGAUUCACCAUGUUAGAUUGUUAGUGACUAGCGGCAGUAAACACCAGCUCUGCUAGCGAGCAGCGUCUGCAGCUGUCUGGACGGCUAUCAUGUUGACAUCGCAGAGACUAACAAGGGUUAUUUAUGUAACAUGUGCCACGAUAAAAGGCGAUAAAAAUGACCUGUUCAACAAAAACUCUGCUGUCUCGGCGUCUGUAUUCAGGACCAAAUCCCGGCAGAGCUCUUUCCACCACUCCAAAGAUGACCUGAUGUUUAUUCCAGUUAGAUUCCUCGCUUGGUCACAUUUCCUCCUCGACUCCACCCUUUCUUUUGUCGGCUUGUGUUUUCUUCCCACUUUUGGCGGUGGGGCAAGCAGAAGUGGCUUUUAUUUUAUUUUAUUGCGUCCUUCUUCAUUGCAGCUCCUGUAGCUAAGCUGCUACGCUACUUUUAGCCACUCAGAGCUCCGAGGAGGGCCGGGAGGCGAUAUUUUUUUUGUAGAAUGGUAGGGGAAAGUCCUGCCUCCUUCACCUCUAAGUGGCUAGAAAUGCUGGUCGAAGGAUGCCUAGCCCAGGUUCACACUUGAAAGAAUGGAAGAUCCACACUAAUGGUCAGUUUGACAAACUUUGCUGGUUGCAGAUCUGGGUUACAGCUUCAGCAUGCCACAAGUGUAACAAAGAUUGGUCUGAGACUGUUCAAGUAUAUAUCGUCAUCCACAUUUCCAAGCAUUCUGCUGGCAUUCAGUUGACCCUAAAUAGAGUCCAUGUAAGGUAAGAACAAAGGACAACAUAUUUUAAGGAGCCUGAGGUGAACAUAUAUAUGGAGAUAUAUAAUAUGGAGAGUCCAUAGAGGGAAAUACCAUGGCAGAACAUAUUUUGGGAACUUAAGUGCUGUCAAAAAUGUGUACAAGGUUUUUUUGUUGAGCAGUUAUCGGAGGCCUCUGGCUCCAGCAAUCUAACACCAAUGCAUCCCUGGUAUUUGAGUUGCAUGGCUCCACCGCCCUGAAGGCUGAUGGGAUUGGCUACAGAAAAUUCUCCUAUCAGCUGGAAACGUCAUCACACACUCAAGCCAAACGCAGGCUGUCGGCUCUGUACAUCGAACAGAACAUUACAGAACAUUAUGGCAAUUCUGAAUCCCCUAACCCUAACCCGACAGAUGAUGAUGUUUCACAGCCAUUAGGAAUAACCAAUCAGAGCCCAGCACUUUUAGCCAAUCAGAGGUGAGGGAGGGCGGGACCUUCCCCUACCAUCCUACAAAAAAAAGUUUUCAAGGCCAGGAAAGUGGGAAGGGACGAGUCAGCACGACGGGAGAGGGGUGUGUCGAAUACAGCGAGGUGAUUGGAUGGAGAGGCGGAGCAGGAGAUCGACCAAUAGGAGCUCUCUGGGACGGAUGGCUCCCAUUGGUCAAUGUUUUUGCAGCCUUGCACCUGCUAUGGUGAAGAGAUUUUUUUUGUUCUUUUUUUCUCUUCACUUUGUGGAGAUCGCACUAUAGGACCAUGAUCGCCAUAGAAACGAGGUUCACAAUAAUUACCAAUCUCCACAAUCAUCAACCAUGACUUUAAUUUGUUGAAAUAUUUUUGCACUAAAAAAAAACUUGCUCCAUCCAAAGAAGUUUAACCACAUUUCAGAGGCUGAUUUUAGUCUUUUUUUAAUGUUCACAUCGAGCCCAACGCUGCAGUAUUGUUCAAGGAUAAGUUUCUAGUAUUUGCACACAAAUAUGAUGAUUGAUCUGAGUGUUGCCACAUUACCCCCAAUUCCACCGUAUCCCGAACGUCCACGAAAAGGUCCACCGUUGGUAGCUGAUCGUAACCAUUCAAGUUAACGUGUCAAUUUCCGCCUGCUUCUUUCCGUUCUGCUACGGAUCGCUGGACUCCUCAGCUGAUCGCAAGAGUUCUAUUUUUUGCGGACGCCGGAGCAUGCCGGAUGCCAGUGAACGCUGCUGUUGUUAUUCCCGGUUAUGGAGAGUGAGAAGACACCAGUAUAUCCUCAGUGAAUGUCUGUCAAAUAUCCAACCUAAAACUAACCCCCAAUUUCCACCACAUCCUGAACGGCUACUAAAAGGCGGUAUCCUCCAAUCGUAGCUGAUCGUAACCAUUCAAGUUAACGUGUCAAUUUCCACUUCAGAAAUCGGCCCUUUGAAUGACACUUGGACGGUCAGCAAAUCAUCCUGGCUCCUUCGCUGACGAGAACCAAUCAUAGGCCAAACUGCGUUCCAUUAUUCCAAUCAUGCGCACACUCUUCAUGUGUACUUGGAGUGCUUGGAGAGCCUGCGGUAGCAUUGCAAAGCUGCGAGAAUGAGAGGCAGGACUUAUCCACACCGGUGUUGUGCCGUAGAAUGCACCCCUGCCGUAGAACGCCCCCCUGACGAGAGCGCGGUUAAAAGUACACAACAAGGCGAAAUAAUCCAAGUUUUCCCUACCGUUGGACGGAUUCAAAAGCGUGUGCCUUCAAUGACUUCAUUCAGGUUCUAGAACUUGUUGUCCUAUGCUUUGGCCCAUGCUUGAAGCCUUUUGUGACAAAAUAAAAACAUGUGAACCCUGGUCUUUUUAACACUCCUUUUCGCCGCUGAUGUUAUUCAUUGAUUCAUUAAAACGUAAUGGUUUUGAGCCAUCUAAAAUAGCGAAAGUGGGCGUCUCGCGUUUACUGCUCUGCAGGGCUCUCAAGUCUCACGCAUUCAGCGUGUGACACACGCAUUCCCACCCGUUCACACGCUCACACGCCACACAUUGUAUUUCUCACGCAUGUAUAUGAACAUGGUGAUGUCCACAAAGUUGCACUUCUUUAACUAUGGAACAGGUAGAAAUCGUUCCUCCGAGAGUUCAGAAGCUGCGUGCCACGCACAAGCCAAUCAAAUAAAUAUAUCUACUGAACAGCCAAUCAAAAAGCAGCAUUGCUGUAUCUGGGUAGAUUUUGAUAUCUUGCGGUUUGACUACAGAAGAAGACAGACACUCGCCGUAAUAGAGCAGGUUUUUAUAAGGACGAGAUAGACCCGAUGAUUACAGUAAGUCAGUAACCUUCACAUGCAGAGACCUCAACACCUCAUGGCAUAUAAACUCAUAUGAUAAACUAAAGCCCUAUGCUAUUGCUAUUAACAGCUGUAUUGACGGAUUUAGCCUCUGUACAGCCAUUUCCAGCCAUUUUCCCCUCCACAAAAGCAGCAUUUCUCAUAUAUUCUUUUUAAAGUUCUGACAGUGUAAUGCUCAUGUACCAAAGGAUUAAGUAUCUCCAUGUUUGUGAAACCUAUACUAAAGUAUAAUUCAUCUAAAUGCUCCACAGUGCUGAUUUUAGCAACUCUCCUCCACAACAGGUAACUUUACAACUUUAUUCUUAUAUAUUAUUGAUUAUUUAUUCUCCUAAAUAAUAACUUUAUUCUCUGAGAUUGAAAGACGUUUUUUUUCUUAAUGUGGCCCUCAUACUCCGUUGUAUUUAAGAGAUUAUUAUACUAAUAAUUAUCUUCAAUCACUCUUCACCCCCCCCCCCCCCUCACCUUUUCAACCCCUGACCCAUUUUCAUGCCUGGCAAGAGUUCUAUAUUUUGCGGACGCCGAAGCAUGCCAGAUAAAUUCAGCACAGAUUAACCCGUGCUGGAAAGGAAGUCGUGCACAGACACAAAAUAAAACAUCCUGCUUCUUUUCAAAAUAAAACUCUCAGUGUUUCAGGAGGAUCGUAUUUCACACCAUGCAAACAGGUGGAGACGAGCAAGUGAAAGGUUUUAAGACAUCAUUUCACCCCAAUGACACCAUGGGUGAGGAGAUGCUGAUUGUAGAAGUAGAUUUCCUCCUCUGGAAGGACACAAUCUACUGCUUAUAUGUCUAUGUGGCUGUCUUUAUAGGGACAACUCAUUAUCGUGCGAUUGAAUGUGAAUCUGCGGGUUCUUGUGAGUUCUCGCGAUUCCUGCUGUCCAUAAUCCGCCACAAAAUUUGCCUCACAAAUGGAUCCGACAAGAAUUGGCGGACAGCGGUGAAAAUUGGGGGUUAGAGCUCCCAAAGCCUCUCCUGGGAUGUCAUGUGACCACAUUUGUUGGUCUGAGGUCACAGAGCUCUGAUUUGAAAACUGUCCUGUAAUCUUUGUUCAGCAGAUUCCUUAAAUUGUUAUAUAGUUUUCAGUCGUCUGAAUUUAUCCUGACACAGAUGGAGAGUGUGCUAUUUCAUAUUUUCCUUCUUUGAUGAGCUGCAGAGAAACAGGAAACUCUUUGUUCGGAGGGACAGAUUUUCUUCCUCUCGGUACAGAAGAAAAGAAGUCUUUUGUUGUGAUGCCGCAGAGAAACUCAGCUCCACUCGGACACAAAGAGAUGCCUAUUGAUGUUCGUUCAAAAGAAUUACACUCAAAUGUCAGAGUGGAGAGGCCUCCAAGCUUCCGUUAACAUCAGCUCUUGUUUAUCGUCACUGAACUGUUUUAAACACACACAAAUAAAGACUUUAUGGAUGUAUUUUUGUAAUUCUGUGAUCCAGAGUCAUUCAAAGCACUACAAUAUUUUCAUCAGUGUGUUUCAUGUGUGAAAUUUUUGUACUGUGAUGAUUCAUAAUAAAACAGAGUAAUUUAAGGAUCUUUCUCUAUCUCAGACUCUGAAAUUUAAGGUUUGAAUUUAGAGUUUUGACGUUUUUCACAAGAUUUGGAUGAUUUCUUUAAAUCUCUCACAACAAAAGGCAUGAAGAAUCUAACAUCAUAACAUUUUAUGGUCGUGUUUGGUCUUUGUCUCGCUGAAAUAUGAAGGUCUUCCUUGAAAAAGUCUUUGUCUGGAUGGAGUGAUUGUUGCUCCUAAACCUGGAGAUGUUGUUCAGCAUUAAUGGAGUCUACAUAGAUAUAGGAGCGACCCAUCACAUGGACUCUGAUGAGUCUUUUUUUUUUUAUCUUUUAGUUAUUUUGAGAAGGUUAUGCAUACUUUUAUCACAACUUUUCUUGAUUACUGUAAUGCACUUUAUGUUGGUGCCAGCCAAACUUCUCUUCAUCGUUUACAGCUCGUUCAAAAUGCUGCUCACUCGUAUCGUUCCAAUUAAAUUCAGAUAUAAUGCAGAUAAAUCCUUCAGAUAAUUACAAAUGGGGCCCAGUCAACUUGAAAGUCAAAAGCAUUGGUGCUACUGUUGAUGCCAACAGACUACCAGCAAACACAAUGUUUGCAGGACUUCUACAACUAGGAUAAAGUGACAAAGUCCAGGACCUGAGGUCAACAGUUUAGCGGCGCUACAACACGCUACAGCAGGUCCCGUUUGACAAGAAACACUUCUGUUACAGACACUUGGCUUACUUUGUUAAAGCGGUUUACCUGUCCAGCAGAAAGGUUACAGGGUCACCAAGAUCCUGAAGUGUCCCCCAUCGUUUAUGUUGACCCGGCUUUUUAGCUCUUGUCCGGUCUACCUCCUUUUAAAGCGCCUGUUAUUCCGCCAGAGUCUCCGGUAUUUACUCUGUUUUCUUGCUUGUGUUGGCAGUCGUGGCCAAAGGAGGAUUCAGACAUUUUUCCGAACUUUCUUGUUGGUUUCUACUGUCUGAUAUUGUAGCACACUAACUUUGUUUGGGCUUGUGAACGACACGGGGGAGCAGUGUCUGCCUCACAAACAAUCAGGUUGGGGAGGUGGAGAAUGGCUUUGUUUACAAUCAGAAAGAGCGGGCCACUCAAAAAUUUUAAAAUGUUGAAUACACAGACAUAAGAGAACACAGAGAUAUCAUUAUACUCCCAAAUGUCAUCAAUAACUAAUAACUAUUGACUAAUAUCAAAAGAUUUUUUAUAUAAAAACCACAAAAAAGAGGCUUCUUUAAUGGAUUCCUGCCUACCCCACCUUUAACUCCUAAGUACUUGGCCUUUUAAUCGAGUUUUUACUGAACCAUCUAUGUCCCCCUGUUUUUAAUGCGUUCCUGUGUCUUUGUUUUAUGGUUCAUGUUAAUUGUCUGUUUUUAUUGUUUUUUAAUUUUUACUGUACAGCACUUUGGUCAGUGUUUUGUUGUUGGUUGUUUGGACACAGAGUCCGGGAUUUCCAAAAAACAAAGUCAGAUUCUGAUUGGUCAGUUUCCAGUAAAAAAUGUCAGUUGAAAACGCUUUUCUGGUCCUAGUUUGAUCAGUCGGUCUUCCUGUCCCCACGAAGAGCAGUAGCCUACAGUAUACCUACAGUAUAUAGUAUACUGUAGAUAUCUACAGUAUAUAUAUAUUUUUUAGAACUCUGCCGAUUAAUCGGUAAUUGGAUUUUUUCCCCUCCUAAUAAUCAGCAUCGGCCCCAAACAAUCCAUAUCGGUCAGGCCCUAAUUCUGAGUCCAUGCGGUGAUUUCCACUCCAGAGUCCUGUCUGUUUUUAAUGCCCUGAAGAUCAGGACCAUCCAGUCUUGGUUUUGGUCCUUACCCCCUUAUCCCCCUCCUCUUUUAAACAGGGGGUGCAGGGCCCAUGAUUCCUGAAAAAGAAUGUCAAUUUUUCACUCAGUAGACCUACAUAGAUCUGGGUCAUGUUCUGGUUUCUCUGAAUCUAUUUCUGAAUUUUUAGAUAUUUGAUGCCGAGGAACAGAAAAACUGUUGAACUGUUCACUCACACAGUCUCUCACAGAGUCCUGAACCUCUUCCAUCUUUCCUUCUGAGAGACUCAGCCUCUCUGAAUGUCCUUUUUUAGACGCAGUCAUGUGGCUAACCUGUUGGAAAUUCUCCUCAUUAGUGGGAGAUUCACCUUUAAAGUUUGGCAGAUAAAUGCCACCGUCACUCUGUCAUACAAUCAUGAAAAUAAUUUUUAUCCGAACCAGUGGCAGCCGGUAUACGAGGGCGCUGCGGGCAGAGCCCUGCCUGAGCUGCGUGAGCAAAAAGAGAUGUCGUCUAUCUCCCUGAAAAUUAUUCUCAAAGUAAGGAAAUGGCGCUGUUAUAUUAAUCAUUCCAUUAAAUGUGUAUUUCAGUCCGUUAGCGAUCUCUCUACCCAGCGCCGGGGUGGACCAUAGACUGUAUAUAAGAUGGACAGAGUCUGCCUCCUCGCUGGGUGAAGCCACUCAGAGAACAGCACCCUCUGUUGACGGGCUGCAGUACAGGUCAUAAAUCCCGCCUCCGCCAGCAAAGCUUAUGGGGCUGUGGACCAACUUUAGAAAUUUAUUACACAGAACAAAAAUUUUUCUCCCCCCUGCUUUUGAUGUUGACAUGUAGUUAUUGUAAGACUGGUUUGUGCCCAAGUCCUUUUUUUUCUGUGAAACUCCGUUUUUAAAAGUUAUUAGGGGGUUCAUGUUUUCUAUGAUUGACACCUGGUACAGCCUAUGGGCGUUCAGGGAUUGCGUAGCUCUCCCGGGGGGGAUAUGCCGUUUGAGCCGAGUGUCAUCACAGGGACUCUCGGCGACUGCGCGGCCGAAUGCGCGCAUCGCUACUGCACAGCUCUGGUUUCAAGGAAGUUAACCCGGAACUACCGAGAGCUUUUUGGCUUCAAAUCCGUAUACAGGCGGAAGGCGGGACCAGGUUGUCCAUCUUAUAUACAGUCUAUGGGGUGGACUCUGAACGUCUGUUGUCUUACGCAUGCUCAGAUCACAGUUCUGCAUUAAAAAGUUAGCUUAUCCUAGCCAAAUAAAAAAAUCCUUAAGGGGCGCCAGGGACGAGCGCCCAAGCAUCCCUAAUUUGAAUGACGUAAGCACGUUCAUAACCAGAUUGGCCACAAACGGACGCAUAGCUACAAUGUGCGUCUGACGUAGCUAGCUGCUCUACUGGGAGCCGGUCCGCCCCUCACUCUGCACUUGGCUGCUAAUGACAGAGGACGUGGGAAUGGCGACCGCUUACCCCCUACCAAGUGAUUUACCAGAGAACGCUUUGCUGUCCAUCAAGUAGGUCGCGUUUGAGAGGAGAACGCUGCAGGAAUAACUAAAGCUGAAAGAGUUCGGUCUGGAUCGACCAGAUGUUGCUGCUUAGCAAGUGACCACCGAGAAGAGCAGACAGUACGCAGACAUUUUCAAGAGCAUGGUAUAGGCGUAAAGCAUGGCUAACUGGAAGUCCGAAGAAUAAGGCUCUUUUUUGUUUCCCUUGUAAAUUAAUAAUGACAAGAAGAAAUUAUUAAGCUGGCAAAGUAAAAUUUCGGCUUCUGAAACAGUCAGUCAACAGAAUCUGUUUGUAGAAAAGUAGGGUAUAUAAAGAUUAAAACCUAAUAUAAACCAUAUUUUUUUUAUAGUGAGACACUACAUAAAAGCCAGACUAAAAAGAAAGCUAACGGACAAUGUUCAUGCCACAAUGUUAGAAAUCAAUAAAUUUUAAGGCAGGAUGAAAACGUCCUGGAAAAGUCCUGGAAAAGGAUUUCUAUUAAAGAGUAGGAACCCUGUAUUUGUUCACCCAGUUUCAAUUCAAUUCAACUGAAAUAUCAAAUGUAAUAAAACUGUUCUGUAUUUAAA